AUGGGGCAAAAUCCCGGCAAUCCGCCGAAAGUUCCUGAAGGCUGGCUAGCCAAGUUUGAUGAGAAUUACAAAACAUGGUACUAUGUGAAUUUAACUACGGGCAAGUCCCAAUGGGAGGCUCCUGAACCCGAACACGGACCCCCUCCGGGACCUCCCCCGGCGUCUAAAGACGAGCGUAAUGGCAAUUCCCCGGCGCCUUCUCCUAGCAUACACAACAACUACUAUAUCAAUGCGAGUGCUGGCUCAAGCGGCCAGGCUUCUAGCGCACCGCCUGCUUCGAAUGGAAGUCCCGGUCCGGGGCCCGGACCGGGGCCCGGUCCUGGCUACUACCAACCGCCUCCCCCGCAGCCCUACUAUGCUCCACAGCCGUAUCCUCAGCAGUACUCACAAGGAUCCAACCGUUUCGGAUGGGGUAGCAUGGCAUUGGGAGCCGGCGGUGGUUUCCUCGGCGGUAUGCUGCUAGGAGAGGCCCUAGAUCACGGAGGUGGCUACUAUGGCGGUGGUGGAGAAACCAUAAUCGAUAACAACAACAACUACUACGAUGGUGGAGAUAUGGGAGGUGGUGGUGAUUUUGGUGGUGGUUUUGAUAAUUAG